UAAUGUGGUUUGUUGGCAAAUCUGAAGACUACCUAACUCAAGCCAAGUCAGUGAUGUCAACCCAGCCGGUCUGGGUCUAUUAGAGGUUAAACCUCUGGUAUAUUCACUGACUUACAUAGGAUUUUUGAAGAAGAGUACACAGAUUUUACGUUUAAUUGUAUUGCAAUAUUCAUGAUGAUGGAUGAAACAUCAGUAACUAAUGAUUUAGACGACAGUGUGGAAUACAACUAUGACAGUUUUGAUGAACAGACGGACGACCGACCAGCGGAGCGCUGGGCCCCACUUGGAGCUGCUGCUACUAGUCCUGUGCCGGGGGCUGCAGCAGAAGCAGAUCACAUAGAACAAUUGGAGAAGCUAGAAGAAGAACAGGAACAGUUAAACUCUUCCCUACUUGCCCUGACAACUCAUUUCGCUCAGGUUCAAUUCCGACUGAAGCAGAUUGUCAGUGCAGAUGCUGAAGACAAGGAGGUUCUUCUGAAAGAGCUGGAGCAGUUUGCCUUCAAAGGAAUACCAGAUGUCAGGGGAACGGCCGUACAGGAAGCUCAAAGUCUUCAUGAAAAUUUAAUGAGUGACAGAGAGCAUGAGAUGAAGAUAUCAGAACAGAGAGAAAAACAACAAGAACUGAUUAAACAGCUAAAAACUCAGUUAGAAGACCUGGAGACCUAUGCAUAUGAAACAGGUGAAGCAGAAAUACCAACAAAUAAGAUGAUGGAGAAACAGAAAGUGGUGAUUGAUGAGCUGAGAAACAAGCUGGACUUGGAUCUCGAUAACUAUCAAAAACUUAGUAUGGAAGAUUUAAAACUGGUAGUGGAUCGUGCUGUAGGACAGAUCGUAAAUCCAGCCAAAGUGAAAGAGAAGCUUGUGGAUCAGCUUAAGACACAGAUCACAGACCUGGAACGGUUUAUAGACUUCCUACAAGUUGAACCAGGAGAUGCUAGCAGUCCAGGACCUCUUGGCAAGGAACGCUGUACUUGUCCUGUUCAUAAGGAUGAGUUUGGUGAUGAAGGAUCUGACCAUGGAAAGGAUUGCUGUAAGGCUCCACAUAGUGGACGACCCUCUCUCAAGGACGGCAAGGCCAGAGCCAAGAACAUUCGUGAGACAACAGCAUUUAUGAGGAGAACGAUAACAGUGCUACAAAUGUUCCUGUUAAGUCAGUUUGGCUGUGGCAGUCGAGACUUUCAGAGGAAUGUCCUAAAAAAGACCACCAAGGGUAACCACUGGGGUGAUUUGAGGGCCCGGCUUGAAGUUGCUGUUGCAAAAGUUGCAGAACUGGCUAAGGAGCAGCAAGAUGAAAAGGAUUUGAGGCAGGAGAAUCAGGAUGAAUAUGGUAGCGACUCCGAGGAGAGCCAGGAGCAGAGCAGCCCAGCUCUAACCCAGGUGGUGAGAAAAGAUCUGUCCAUGGCCAUCCGCGACCUCAUGCAGCAUGGACUCAUGGAGAUUGGACAAAGUACUAGCGUAGUACCAUUUGGCUGCAUCCCAAACAGAUCAGCAGCCGUAACUAAACAGAUGCAUGCCUGGGACUUGCUCCUGAGGUUUUAUGAAAUGAAGCAUGGAAGAGAAUACAAUGAUUCACCGUUCAGGAAGCUGUCACAGUCAUUUCAUCUGGAUAUGGUUGGAGGAAAGCCAGUCACAGCCAAACAGACAUUACUGGGCGCCAUUGAUACCGUUAUCACCUCCCACACACCUCUCAAACGCACUGAGGACUCGCACUUCAAAGCUUUUAUAUCUCUAGCUCUCAAUGAGAAGAAACUGUCCACGUGGUUGAAGUUACUGUUCAGGACACAGACACUGAUAGAUCAGUACUACCAGGACUGGAGCUAUGUGGCCCGCACCAGCUUUGAUGAUUCACUGAAAUCCAUGGAUAGACUGAGUAAAGUUAACUUCCAGUUACCUGUAGACCUGGCUGUGAGGCCAUUCAGUAACAUCAAGGAUGCAUUUUAGGACCUUUCAAUCCACACCUAUCUGAGACAAAGCUACCUUGUGUUACCGGUGCAGAAUUAGGCUCACUUCAUAAUAGAAGUUAGAUGUUCUUGUAUUUUAAAGUUUUUUGUGAAAGCAAAAUGCAACAAAAAGAACCAAUUUCUGAGGAAUAAUUCCUGAUGAAAAUACUAACGUCUGAACAGAAUCAAAUUUGAUUGCAUUAUUGGCAAAUCUAGAUAAAUGUAGCUGUCUGUAGAAGUACAGGUGUUCUUAUGUUACAUUGCAAUAUUGGUGAUGAUCAGACUCUUGUUUGUAAGCCUUAAGAUGGAAAACGUGGGAACAGGGGAAUGGUUAAUACAAAGGAUUGAGAGGAAAUGAUGGCAUGUUUGUAGAUCUUACGAUUGAGAGAAUGAUGACGUGACUUACUAUGGAGGGAGAGAGUAAUGAUGAGUCUCAUAUGACAUGUAAUAAUUGAUUGUGAUAAUAAUUAUAAACAGUGCUGGUUGCUGAACUGGUCAAUGUAAACUAAAGCCAAAAAUACGUCCUCGUUUAUAUUGCUUGAAUCUUCUCUUCAUUAAGCUGUUGUUUUUAUGUAAAGAGUUAAUAGCAUUCAGUCAACAGUUUUAAUUAAAAAUAGAAUGAAAUCGCAUUCAAACUAAAAAAAAUCCACCUAAAAUAAUAUGGAAACCACUUUUGGGUUGAAAAGCUUCUUUUUAAAUCAAAAUAACAUUGCCAAGAACUAGUAAUUCAUUUUUU